AUGGAUCAACACUGGAUCGAGUUCGCCUAUGGAGUCGAGAGCCGCAGCCGCGUUGAGUCUCGACUCGUGACGCUCUUCGCCAUCGGCAGUUCGCGAUCUGAGCGUGUCGCGCUCGGUCGUUCUCCUUUUCGUGUCUUCUCGGUAACUCCAGCAUCCGCUGGACCACUACUAAACUAUCCACCGAUCUAUUUCCAUGUCUUCGAUCAUAUCCACAAUUUUUCAUUCGAAAAAAUUGUAAAAAAAAAAAAAACGAGAAAAAAGAUAAACUGAAUUCGAAUAAGAAAUUAUUAUCGAUCUUGAAAAAAAAAAGAAAAAAGAAAAAGAUUAGAUAAACAUGAAUUAAUCUGACUUAAUGUUUUAAUUUAGAACACGUAUAAAAAAAAAUAUGUAUAUAUAUAUAUAUAAAUAAAAGUAUGGUAAUAAAUAAAUUGUAUCGGUUCGAUGUCGUGAAAAAUAAUAAAUAAUGAAUUAAGAAGAUAUACAAUCGAUAUCAAGAAAAGAUCGUCUUCUCGUUCACUAUUCGAAAGAUAGAUAGAGAGAUAAAAAAAGAAAAAGAGAGAAAGAGAUCUGAAGGAUAGAUCUUCUUUGGAUCAAAUUCAAAAACUCGUGGAAGUGGUUUGAAAGAACGGAGAAAGAGACGUAUCGUUUCGUAGAAAGGAAAUGGAAGAUUCAGAGGAAGAGGAAGAUAAAGAACGACGAAGAAGAAGAAAAAGAAAAAAAAGAAAAAGAAGAAGAAGAAGGAGAUGUAAAAGACGAGGAGGAAAGUGGUAAAAAGUAAGUUAAAGAAUAACGAUAGAAAUAAAUCAAGAAGGACGAUAUAAACAAGAUGGCAGCUUCGCGAGUCGAUUCGAAUCUUGAAAUGGAUAAUGAAGGAACUUUGACCUUUCCAAGGGAAAGUAAUUACGAUGACAAUGAGAAAGAAUCGAAACGUGAUUCUUUUGGUGAAGUUAACGACAAGAGAAUAGCUGAGGACGAUAGGGAGAAAGUUCAGUUAUCGAAUUGUAACAACUCCGAAAGAAUUCGAAAAGUUUCGAAGGUGAAGGAACGUGAAGGAAGGGAUAAGAAGGAUGAGAUUCCUGAUGGCGAGAAGUUAAAGGGCUGUGGAAAAAAUUUACUCGAGGCUGAUGGAAGAUCAUCGAAAUUCCAACGGCAGGUUCGUGGUUUACGAAAGCAAGCAAGAAUAGUAACGACGGCAACCAUAGAAGACAGAACGAUAAAUGACAGAUCGAUCAAUGGUAACGAUCGAGUAAAGAAUCUCGAAAUUCAGGAUUCAACUGAGCGUUCUGUUAAAGAGAGAAAUCUGAUAGGGAGGAAAGUGGAGAAUCAUCGAACGUUGAAAGAAUCUACUCAAGAAAGGAUCAACGUGAAAGAAUCUUCUAUGAGGAGUCGAGUUUCGCCUGUUAAAAGAAGGAAAUCUCAGAUCGAUAAAGAUAUCGAAUCUCAUCCUGCUUUAUUUUCUUCUACAUCAUCUUCUUCCUAUUCGGAUAAAGAAAGGAGGAAUAUAAAGAAAUGUAAAAAUUGUGGUGAGCAACAUUACCCUUAUGGUCGAUACUCGUAUCUUAAUAAAUAUUCGACUUAUUUCGAGGGUGAUUUAGGUGCUUACGAAAGGCACGAAACUUCGGCGAAAGUUAUCUUAGCUAAUGCUGGUCCAGUUCGUGGUCCUGAUUCAAGAUUAGAGACACCGGUAACAUCUUUGCUGUAUCGUAGCAGAUCACUCCCAAGAUUGUCCGUUCACGACAGCGGUGUCGGAUGCAGUGCUAAUGAACAGACAGUACCUGGUCCAGGUCAACAUGGUACGAAACAGCUGGUAGCCGAUUUGAGACAGCUGUUGACGUUGAAGCAACAUUACUAUCCAGAAGGUGGUUGGGGUUGGCUCGUCAUACUAGUAGGAAUGUUCGUCCAGAUUCUCUCCCAUGGGACACAGGGUGCUGUUGGUGUAUUUGUUCAGCAUGUAGCCAAUCGAUUUGGUCAUCACGUUUAUCUUGAGUCAGGAUGGCUAGGUGCGAUGUCCACUGGAGUAGCCUUGCUAGUAUCACCCGUUACGAUAGCCUUCUGUAGAAGAAAAAGCACCAGAGUUACGGCCGUUUUGGGUGGCCUCGUUACGGCACUCGGUUGCCUCUUCACGUCCUUCGCCUCGCAAUUUCAUCAAUUGUUCUUCAGUUAUGGUACCAUGGUGGGAAUAGGUGUGAGUAUGACAAGAGAUUGCAGUACGUUAAUGGUAGCACAAUAUUUCAAACGAAGAAGAGAACUCGUUGAGAUCUUCAUCGUCUCUGGAAGUGGUUUGGGUAUAGCAGUCAUGUCGGCCUUCAUAAAAGGUGCCAUUAGCAAGAUAGGCUGGCGGUUGGGUCUUCAAGCGGUGACCGGUGUCGUUUUCCUCACCUUCAUUUUAGGAACAUUUUAUCGAAGUGCUUCCCUUUAUCAUCCUCAACGUCGGGCAAUAUUACAUUUGAAGAAUCAAAAAAGAAAGAUCAAGGAUAAAAAUAAGACCGACGAUAGACCUGCGUUCUUUGAUUUUAGCACCCUCAAAAGUAAAACAGUUAGGAUACUGUUGGUUUCAACGGGGAUAUCGGCUUUUGGAAUAAACACGCCGAUUUUUUAUCUGGCGCAUCAAGCGGAGGAGGAAGGCCUUGGAGACACCGUUGUCUUGCUCCAAGCUUAUCUCGGAUUGGCUUGGACACUUGGCUGCGUGGCCUUCGGUCUUUUGGUCGUUCAUCGGAACGUCGAGUGCAGAAUUGCAAGGCAGUAUCUCACACAGGCUGCUGUCUUCGUAUGCGGGCUUUGCAUUCUCGCACUCACUGCUGUUCAAGGAAAUUAUCAUGGAUAUGUUAUGUUCACAUGGAUUUACGGGAUCUUUUGCGGUGGCUAUCAUUAUAGUCUGAAAAUGUAUACGUACGAAAGGGUAAGAGCAAGGAACUUUGCCAGAACUUGGGGCUUCGUUCAAUGCUCUCAAGCGAUACCGAUCGCCAUUGGUGUGCCAAUUUCUGGAUAUAUAAACGUGGGUUGUGGUGGUAAAGCAGGUUAUUACUUUAGCUCGACUUGCGUUUUAGUCGGCAGUUUCACUCUAUUCUUCAUAGAUCUCCAUAGACGAAACCUGUCGAAACAUAAACAUACUAGAGCAAACGGUAGCAAGCAUUUAUGUGUCCUUGGUAAUUGUCCUCAACAACGGAGACCGUCCUUUAGUCAGGAACCCGAAAACGAUGGGACACAUGUAGCAGCUGCUGGUGCAGCUGCUGCUGCCCUUGUACUUGGAGCUGAACUUGGACCAGCACCUGGUGACAUAAUAGAUGCAUUAGGAGCAGAAAAGCCCGAACUGACGUGUAUUUCCGAGGAGGGCAUAGCCGAUAUGGAUCUUCCAGAUAAUCUUCUCGAUGAUCUCGAUUAUAUCGGUGAUUGUAUAACCUCGUGCAACAAGGUUGAGAACUAUCUCAUGCUCUCAGAAUUCGAAAACAAUCUGAUCGCCGAGAUGCCGAUUAUUAUGGACCGACGAGGUCGCAGAUGGUCCUUGGCACGAUCGAAGGCCGGUCAAACGACUGUUUGUGGUCAACAAACGGUUGGCACUAAUGCAGUGGCAGGAAACUCACCGAUUCAGGAGGAAGAUUCGAACGAAACGAAUGCCGUCAAGUGGCACCUUGGAAGUCAGCCUACCAACGCUAAUAGUCGAACGAUUACGGUCAUUGACGAAGCGAGUACAUAAUUUCAAGACGAAAGGGUUCCUCGCGUUCGACGUAAAAAAGAAAAAGAAGGAGAACAAAAAACUUAUCCUGUAAAGGAAAAAGAUAAUUUAGUAAUAACGAAACAGAAACGAAUCUUUUGUAUAAUACAAUUUCGAUUCGUUGAUAAUAAUAAUGACGAUGAUCAUGAUAAUGACGACGACGAUGAUGAUGAUGAUGAUGAUGAUGAUGAUGAUGAUGAUGAU